CCAUCGUGAUAAAUGAAUUACACAUUUUACUUCAAAUGCAACAGAUUAUUAUUUAUUAAAUGAAUCUUAAUAAGUCAAGGAAGAACGUUUGUUAUAAAAUUACAUUUUCGAAAACGUUAAGGUUUUCGAUUACUGAUUAUUGACUUGAUUGUUUGACUGCGGAUUUGAUGAGUUUAUGCCAAAAUGAAGAACGUAAAAAACGAAGAUGAAUCACCCGUGUCAUAUUUGAAGCGAGUAGAUGUUCCCAUAGUGGGUAGGAACAGGAACCAAUGCAAGGAGAUUUACGGACAGAAUGAUAUGCGCUGGUUAUAUGCAAGGCGGCAAAGACGCUUGUUUGGGUUCCUCAGGCAGCCCUCUAGUAGCCAAUGAUAUCCUCUACGGUAUUGUGUCCUGGGGCCAGGGGUGCGGGAGACCUAACUAUCCUGGUGUUUAUUCAAAUGUGGCAAAUCCACGAUCUUGGAUCGAGAACAAUAACGGGAAAAAUUGAAGAAUUAAUCCAGUACACUUUCAAUCAUCGUACUUUCCUCUACUCGAUUCGAUAUUGUAAACGAUAUUGGAACGAAC